CGCCUCAGUAAUACAUAGUACGCCGUUCGUCACGCGUUGUUUGUUGGAUUUACGCGCCUUUCGGUCGUGCCGACGACUGCUGUAUUCGUACACCCGUGUUCACGUGCAUGAAAACCGCCCGUUUUAGUGUAUUAAAUUAUUGGUGGUUUCCGAUCGACCUUUGCGAAUUUUGUGCCGACCGCGCUUCUUAGUGUUUCCGUGCGGUUGUUCGGUGUUCUGUGUUCACGCUUUUCUGAUCGACGCGAUAAUUGUCGUUUGGAAUAGAUACAGUUGCAAAGCAUAAGAAGAAAGAAGUGCCGGAUGGUAGUGGUCGAUCGCGGAAGUGUUGUGUGAUCGUAUGUUAUCAGUGCGAAAAUUUUAGUGCGUAUACGGUGCGAUCGUGGAUAUAAAUCGGUUUUCGUUAAUAAUAUAGUGGUGUGCGUAACAUACACGGCGGUAACGUGUUAACGGUAGAUUUGUAGUGCGCCGUGCGUGGACAUGCAUCAACGCGGUGGACACGCCGACGAUGUUCGCGACGAUCCGAGCACCAUCAUUGCGGGGUGGUGCGCGUAGCGGUCGAACCGCGGCGGCGAGCAGCACGCCGUACCGAACCACAACAGUCCAUGCGUGAUAACGUGCACACCGUACGCGGCCACAAUGAUGGACCAAAAAUGUGACGGCGGCGGUGGUGUCGCUGCUGCUGCCGGCGGCGGUGGCGGCCUGGUGUACAACCGCCGCGGUGGUACCGAGGUGAUCAUCAAACCUCGUAACCCCGUGGUGGUAGUGUCCACCGGCGGCGGUGCCAUUGGUUUCCACGGUGUGCCGACGGCCACCGACGCCGUCAUCGUGCGCAGCUCGCAGGACGGUCACUUACCCGGGCAACAAGCGCCUCCGUCUCGUAACGGUUGUUCGACGCUGUUUAGCGACAUCGCCGGCGUCAAGCGCCUCCGACCGGACGACUGGUUGGCCAUCAACUCGCCACCCGCUUCGUCACCUGGUACAUCGCACAUAUCCUACACCGUCAUAUCAAAUGGCGGCAGCGGCGGUGGCAGUGGCGGCGGUUACAACACUUCACCAAUGUCAACCAAUAGCUACGACCCUUACAGCCCGAUGGGCGGAAAAAUGAUUAAAGAAGAGUUGUCUCCUCCCAACAGUCUGUCUAGUGUCAGCAGUCAUUCUGACGGAUUGAAAAAGAAAAAACUCAACCACGCUCCCGUGAACAGUGGUGGCGUGAACACCACAGGUCCUGGCGGAUUAGGAGGAGCUGUACUGAACAAUCGACCCGCCGAAGAGCUAUGCUUGGUGUGCGGCGACCGAUCGUCCGGUUACCAUUAUAAUGCCCUCACGUGCGAAGGAUGCAAAGGAUUCUUUCGGAGGAGCAUUACCAAAAACGCAGUGUACCAAUGCAAAUAUGGCAACAACUGCGAGAUCGACAUGUACAUGAGACGAAAAUGUCAAGAGUGUCGAUUGAAAAAAUGUCUUACCGUCGGGAUGAGACCCGAAUGUGUUGUACCAGAAGUCCAAUGCGCCGUAAAAAGAAAGGAGAAAAAAGCUCAACGAGAAAAAGAUAAACCUAACUCUACUACUGAUGUUUCUCCUGAAAUCGUCAAAAUAGAACCUACAGAGAUGAAGAUUGAAUGUGGUGAACCAAUGAUAAUGGGCACACCUAUGACACCUGUACCUUAUCAUCACCAAGUGAAACCCUUGAGUUCUGAACAAAAAGAAUUAAUCCACCGUCUAGUUUACUUCCAGGAUCAAUAUGAAGCUCCUAGUGAAAAAGACAUGAAACGUUUAACAAUAAACAAUCAAAAUGUGGAUGAGUUUGAUGAAGAAAAACAAAGUGACACAACAUAUCGAAUUAUUACUGAAAUGACAAUUCUAACCGUUCAAUUGAUUGUUGAGUUUGCCAAACGAUUACCAGGUUUUGAUAAGCUUGUCAGAGAAGAUCAAAUAACUCUACUGAAGGCUUGCUCGAGUGAAGCUAUGAUGUUUAGGGUUGCUAGAAAAUAUGAUAUAACUACCGACUCUAUAGUAUUUGCAAACAACCAACCAUUUUCAGCAGAUUCUUAUAAUAAGGCUGGUUUGGGAGGAGAUGCCAUUGAAAACCAAUUAUCAUUUAGUCGGUUUAUGUAUAAGAUGAAGGUGGAUAAUGCAGAAUAUGCUUUAUUGACCGCAAUUGUCAUAUUUUCAAGUAGACCAAACUUAUUAGAUGGUUGGAAAGUGGAAAAAAUUCAAGAAAUCUACUUAGAAUCAUUAAAAGCUUAUGUAGAUAAUCGAGAUCGCGAUACAGCUACUAUCAGAUAUGCGCGACUUCUCUCAGUACUUACAGAAUUGCGCACAUUGGGCAAUGAAAACUCUGAACUAUGUAUGACACUAAAACUAAAAAACAGAGUAGUACCCCCAUUCUUAGCCGAAAUAUGGGACGUCAUGCCAUAGUCAAUUGCUUCAGCUAGUUACCUUGUACCUGGUUGCACUAUUAGUGUUACUUGGUAUUAUUUUGAAGACUGUCAAUAUUUUUUGGUCAUUCAGACCCCUGACAACCAUAGGCAGACUUAGGUGAAUAUGUAUAAUUCUGAACAUCUAUUCGACUAUUUGUUCUACUACUUCUUAGAUAACUAUUUCAAUUUGGUUUUACUUAUUUAAAUAUAAACAAAUAUAUUGAAAAUUUACUAUCUAGCAUGUCAGGUUAUAAUAUUAAUUUAUGUGUUAGUUUUAAAAGCGCUUAAAUAAAGUUAUACAUAUUUAAUGUUUGAAACUGUAGGUAAAUUAGGAGUUGUUGUUAAACACCAGGAGUUUAGAUAAAGUUUAACACUUAAACUGUUAUGUUAUCAUUUUUAAAUGCCUCCUAAAUUAUUUACUGGUAAACUUAAUUUUUGACUAAGAACUUUAAACAGAUUAUUAUUAACUAUGAGGGUGCUAUGUUGUUUCUUUGUUAUCCUCGUGUGGUUUUUGAGACUGUACUGUUUUGUACCUGCGUGUUGGAUGUUUUUAUAUAUAUACAUAUAAAUGUUUAUUAAUAAGCCAAUUAAUUAUAUUAUUAACAAAUUUAUAUAUAUAUAUAUAUAUAUAAAUAUAUAUAUUUUUUUUUUCCAUGAAAUGUAAGAAACAUCAUUUCUAAUUGCGUAACCUGUGAUAUUAGAUUUAAAAUGUAGUAUAUGUUAAAAAAAAAAAAAAUUUGUGUAUACUAACAUAUUUUAGUUGAUAAGCAUAGAGCGUUUGUUGUAAACAUGUACAAACAUAGGUUCAGGGCUUAAGGUAAUAAUGGCACUCUUAUGUACAUAAGUAUAAUAUUAUUUUUUUAUUUCUUAUUAUUAUUCUUAUUAUUGUUAUGCUUUCAAAACCUAAAUGAGUAAUUCUGUUAAAGGAAAGUAUUUUAUAUCGAGUGUAGUGCAUUACAAAAGUUAGAAACAUUUUUUUAUUUUA